AUGACACGGUCUAUACCAUCGCUCGCUUCUGCUGCUGCCAUACCCCUCUUUCUCUCCACUACAGCAAUGUUCCAUCCACACGUCGAUGUCUGCGGUGUCACCAUCCACAACGAAGUCGCCUUCAAAGCAUCCCGUAUCCUCCUGUCCACCAUGAUCAACUUGCCUACCUUGACUAGCGCGUUGCUUGUCUCUCUGUCCUUGCUCUUUUGGUACUUUUUCUCUAACCUUCAAGCCCAGGUUCACGUUUACCCCCAUGAGGUUAAAAGAUCUAAGGGACAGGAUCUUGACUAG